GUUUGGUGUCACAUUAUAAACCUUCCGUGUGGACUACAGAGAGAGUGUGUCACGCUGGUACCACGGACCAUCACUUAGCCUUAGCUGAAGAGGGAUGUUGCGGCGUCCAAAGCCGUCCGACUCUGAGGCUGACCUCCUCAGGGAGCAGGAGAAGUUCCUGACCUCUGGAGCUCCUUCUGCGGCCAAUGUGGUCCGCAGACCUGACAAGAGGAGAGGCGAGGCUGGAGGAGAAGGAGGGGGGUGUAACAGGGAGGAUGAAGGAAGACCAAGGGAUGUUGUUACCAUAGAAGAUCUUCCAGACGAACUCCCGACUCUGACACCAGCCCCUCCUAAGAAGUCUCGAUUCAAAGCCAAUCGUGUUACUUUUGAGGAUGAGGAUGCUGGGGAGACGCUGGACAGACAUGACACUCACAUCAGCGCUGUUCUCUCCAGAAUAGUUGAAAGAGAUACCAGCUCUACUCCAAUAUCUCUACCAGCACUUACAGGCAUUGCUUUCCCAAAAGUAUUGCACCGUUCAGAAACCAGCAGUCAGGUGCCACUAUCUUCCGCUGUUGGAAAGAAGAGUAUCUUUGCGCGUCAGAUAGCAGCUCAAAGACUAAAGGAGGGAAAGACACCUUUGCAUUGUGCACCUGAAGCUGCUCAGACACCUGAACACAGAGAGCAGAACCUGCCCACUGAGACCAGCAUGGAUACAGAUCAGUGUGGUGCUGCACAUGAUCAUCCAACUGCAGUCUCAGGUCCCAGUUUGCUGUCUGGUCAGGGGCUUGGGGUCCCAGAUAGCUCAGGAGAAACCAUGAGGAUCCACAGUGAGAACCAGGCUAAACUCCAGGCCAUGUCUCAGUCUGAGAUACUACAGGAGCAGAAUAAACUCUUAUCUCAGCUCGAUCCUAGACUAGUGGACUUUGUUAGAUCUCGCAAAGCCCAGAGCGUCCCGUCUUCUGCCUCCGCAUCCAAACAACCCCGGGGCAAAAGCAGCAAGGACAAUUUUCCUCUUGAAGACAUGAGCAGGGAGUCCGCCUCCUCUGGUGCUGCUGUGCUUUUUCAGAAACCCCGAGAAGUAGAGAUGGAAAGAGAGGAGGGGGCGGAAGAUCUGCCAACAUCACCUGCUGUGACGGAGAAGGACCUGCUGCUGAAGCCUAAGAAGGAAUGGGUCCACAUGGAUAAGCUGGAACCAGAGAAGCUGGAGUGGAUGAGAGACUUGCCUGCACCCAGAAGGAAAGGAACCGACAAGGCCAUGCAGGCUCGCUUUGACUUUGUUGGGACCUUGAUUCCACCCGAUGAGGAUCUGCCCACCCAUUUAGGCCUGCACCACCACGGAGAGGAGCCUGAGCGGGCAGGUUACUCCCUGCAGGAACUAUUCCUGCUGUCUCGGAGUCAGCUCAUCCAGCAGAGGAGUCUGGCCCUCGGCACUCUGGCCAACAUCCUCUCAAAGGCACAUGCUGGAAAGUACGGGUCAGUGCUAAAAGGCAGCGUGGUGUCCACUCUGCUCGACGCCGGCCUGCUCUUCCUGCUCCGCUUUGCAUUGGACGACGGUGUGGAGGGAGUGAUGUCUGCAGCUGUGCAUGCACUUAAAGCACUGCUUGUGUGUGAAGCCGAUGAAGAGUGUUUGGACUAUACCUUCUCCUGGUUUCGCGGCCUGGCCUCCUUCCCUCUGCUGCCGUCUGCUCAGGAGGAGGAAGAAGAGGAGGAUGAAGGCCUCCCAGAAAUUUUGAAAGAGACGGCCAAGGAGAAGGAGGAGAGGAAGAGUGAUCAUGAUGUGGCCAGGCAGGAUGUUGUCAAGGGUCUGUUAAAGAUGAAACUGCUCCCCAGGCUGCGUUACAUCCUGGAGGUGUUCCGACCUUCUCCUCCAGUGGUCCAGGACGUCCUGCAGAUCCUGACUCGUAUCGCCAGGCACUCCUCCUCAUCUGCCACCCAGGUGCUUGAGUGUCCUCGCUUGAUGGAGACGGUGUUGUCAGAGUUCCUUCCAACUUCCUGGACGGCGCCAUCUUCUCCCAUUCCUCAGUCUGUUUACGGACUCCCACUGGCCAGCGCCGUGAAGCUGUUGAGAGUGUUGGCGACCUCUGGCAGACAUGCCUGUGCCAGACUGUUAAACUCUCUUGGAGUGAGGGAGCGUCUGCCUCUUCUGCUGAGUGCUGAUCCCAGCGAGCUGCUGCUGGAACCAACCGAAGCCCUCCGGAUCACCACCGAGGCCUACAGGCUGUGGGCUGUGGCAGCCGGCUACGGACAGGCCUGCAAACUAUACAUAGAUCUGUAUCCAAGCCUAGCGAAGACCUUACAGUCGGUUCACACAGUCCUGGCCCCCUCAGAUCCUCUGUUGCCUUUGCAGCUCCAGCGGGUCCUGGCUCUGAUUUCUCUGCUUACACAGAUCACACACACAGCUGGUUGCCAUCAGGAGCUACAGGCUGGCAUGCUCAGCUCUCAGGGAGAAGAGUGCCCUCCUCCUCCUCCAGUGUCUUGGGGUCAUGUCACAGGGUUGCAGGCAUCCUUGUUGGGUCACUUGAGGGGCUUUGUGAAGAGCCUUGAUAAUCCAGUCCAGGAAGACAUCAGCCUGGCUGUAAUACCAGUUUACUUGGUCUACAUAGAAGCUUACUACCAUCAGCUCUCCAGACAGAACUGUUUCAAGCCAGUAGAGACCCUUCAAGAACUGGAGCGACUGGUGUCCGAGGUUCUCCUCCCCCUGCUGUCCCACAAUGUGGUUCAAGGCCUGAUCAAGAACCUAAAGUCUUCGUCAGUGGUGUGUAAUGUCCAGUCUAGUCAUCUGGGCCCAGAAACAACUCCCAGCCUCCCUGGUUUGGCCUGCCCAGGAUGGAGGGACCGCCCGGGCCUUGUUGCUCCUAGCUCCCCCUUCCCUCUUCUCACAGCCCUGGGGCUUCUCCUGGAAACAAUCACAGGUCUCCACAAAGGCCUCAGCUGCAAGUUCAGCGGCCUCCUCCUGUCAGAACCUGUGAUUGGUUACCUGAGAAGUACCAGUCAGGCUAUGCCCAUCCUGUCUCACACCAGAGCCUGGCUUGUCCGUCAUGAACACCACCUCCUCUACCUGCUGCUCCGGCUGGCUCACAGACUGGUUUCCAUUGAGCGAGAAGUAGCCAAGUAUGCCUCACUGUACCACCAGGUGGCGCUGGUUCUGCUACCAUGGUUGUUACCAGGCAGUGAAUUUCUGGGACAUGAACUGCUGUCCACCAUCAUCUUCAACAAGGACUUUAUAUCAGAGGGCCAAAGUGGAGGACCUGAAGCUGUAGAGCUGGGAGAGCUUAAACUCCAAGAGGAAACAAAACCCCAAACCUCUCCCUCUCUGCAGACUGUCGGAGCUCUCCUGAGAGAAGCCUGCAUCCAGCUGCCAUCCAUACGAGGCUGCUUCCUCACUCAUCUGGCCCAUCUGGAGUCAUCCGUACUGACGUCCCGAGACGCUCUCCUCGGUCGCAACCCCUGGAUCAGCUCCCAUCUCCUCCCAGAGCUCACUGGUCCCACCGUGCCAUCUGAUUGGCCUUUCCUCCCUCUCGUCAGCCUGUAUGAGCGGACAGGGGUCUCCGACGGAGGAGGGUUAGAGGUGGAAGACCUCCCACAGGGGGCUCUGCAGGCGGUGACUCAUUGUCUGCAGUGGUUGCUGCUGCUGGAGGUCUGGAGGGAGGAGGCACUAAAGGUGAUCCUCCCUGUAGCAAAACUCGCCCGCCUGUCCUGUGUGUUCCUGUGUUCCAGUGACUUGUUCCUGGAGAGACCUGUUCAGAAACUGAUGUGGGGUCUGUUCAGACUGCUGACCAGGCGAUCCAAGCUGGACUCUUUGGACCUGAACGUCCCUCCUCCUGGUCUAGCUUCUUUCCAAGACCUGUACUCUGCUCUUUUGACCCAGUACGAAGCUGUGUCCUUCGGAGACCGGCUGUUUGGCUCCUGGGUGCUCUUACCCUUGCAGAGGAGGUACAGCGCCAUCAUGAGGCUGGCUGUGUUUGGAGAACAUGUGGGGAUGCUGAGGUCACUGGGAGUCACUCUGGAACAGCUCUCCAUUCCUAUCGAGCGGUUCACCUCCCCCCCUGAAGACUCCCUCCCUCUCCUCCAUCUCUACUUCCGCUCUUUGGUUACGGGGACCCUGAAGCCUCGUUGGUGUCCUGUGUUAUAUGUGGUUACCUUGUCCCACGUCAAUGCUUUCAUCUUCUCUCAGGAUGCUGCAGCACAGGAGGUUGAAGCAGCUCGACACAGUAUGCUGAGGAAAAUUUACUACCUGACUGAUGAGGUGUUGAGGAACCACUUGUUGCUCUUUCGUCUGCCACAACAGCGCUCAGAGUUUGGCUUUGAUUUGUAUGAGCAAUUGCCUCCAAAUAGGGCAAAGCGUCUGGAGAGUGUCCUGAGACAGCAGGAUAGCAGCGAUGACAAAGGACACUGAAGGAGCAGGGAGUGGAAAAUAAAAAAAGUAGUUAGCCAGAAACGGCAGUUCAGGAGGAGGGACAAUAUGGGAACGAGAGCAAAUCGAAGGAGAGACACGAGAAGACGAUGCGGAAAAAGAAAGGACACAAAGUAAGACAUUAAUUUAAAAAAUGUUUAAGUUUCUCAUAAAGGUCACAAGAAAAUCUUCUGUUGCCUUUCCUCUUAAAAGAAACACAACGAGAUAGAUUUGGCCAGCCCUCUGCUUCGAGCAUAAUAAAGGUAAAGUUUACAAUUUAAGACUAUAUUUUACAGACUGUCAGUGGAAAUGAUCUGAAAGUCUGUUAAAGUUUUGGUAUUCUCAGAUUACCUAAACAUGUCUGAACUGAAGCACAACCAGUAAAGUCAACCCAAAGGUUGAAUACAAAUACUCAAAAUGAAGUGCAGUUGCAGCAAGGUGCAAUUCACACAAACCUUUCCCAUGAGCAAACAAGAAGAAUCUGCUUUCCUCGUAACACCAGCACUUUGCCAAAGUCGGUGUGUGUCUGAAACAGUCCAGGAUCAUUUUGGCAUCUCAGAGUAAAGACAUGUUCUACUUUACAAGUGCCUGAAAUUGUCUCUUUUGUGAAUAAAACAGGUUUUUAAGUUUGUUUAACCUCAGUGUUUUAUUCUUUAAUUACAAUGCCCGCAAUUAUGGCCAAUAAAAUAUAGCUGAGUUUGUAGGAGCUGUUUUUAUAGACGAGCACGCCACAGAUGCAAACCACAGAAUUUGACCCAAAAAAACACAGCAAACAUACUGUUUUCAGUGGGUUUAAACUAAUUAAAGUUGAAUUAAAACCCUGGCCAGCCUGGGUCGCUUGGGAAUGUUGAGAUAAGCAUUGUUCCCUCUCAGUGUGCUGAUCGAUCACACUCA